GGAUCUGCCUCAAUUUUCGGAUCUUAAGCUAACAUGAUCUGGAGAAACUGAUGGAUGGAGUGGAUUUCACACAAACAUCACGUAGGAAACUCGAGUCUUUAGGCGCUUGAAGAAACAACGAUCCCUCAAGAAAACCAACGGCUUCCGAACAUCUCUCUCACCAGUGACCACCGUCGCCCAUCAUGUCCAGCAAACAUCUUUGCUUUCCUUCUACUCCCUUCCCGUCGAAGUCUUUUUGGCGGGAGGAGAUGAUGGGCCCUACCCACAAUCAAAUCUCACUCCUUCCCACUCCCCCCUCCUCCCACUUCCAAUAAAUACCAUCCAACCACAUCUUCCCUUCCUCCAAACUCUACCAAAAUCCAAUCCUUCAAAGGAAAAAAUAAAAAUAAAAAUAAAAAAUGAAAAACAGCCACUUUCUUCUCAUUCUCUUCAUCAUCAUACUCGCAAACCCCACCUUCUCUCUUACCUCAGAUGGCCUCUCUCUCCUCGCCCUCAAAUCCGCCGUUGAUUCCACCUCAUCAUCAGGCCCACAGUCACCCCCAUUCUCUGACUGGAACGAGAACGACACCACGCCGUGCCGCUGGUCCGGCAUCUCCUGCAUGAACAUCUCAUCAUCUCCCCGCGUCGUCGCCAUCAGCAUUCCCAGCCAGAACGUCUCCGGCUACAUCCCCUCCGAACUCGGUUCCCUCGUUUUCCUUCGCCGCAUCAAUCUCCAUGGCAAUCUCUUCCGUGGGACCAUCCCCGCCCAACUCUUCAACGCCACCUCCCUCCACAGCAUCUUCCUCUACAGCAACAACCUCUCCGGCUCUCUCCCGUCCUCCAUCUGCAACCUCCCUCGCCUCCAGAAUCUUGAUUUAUCCCGGAAUUCACUCUCUGGCCCGCUCCCGGAUACCCUCCGAAACUGCCGCCAACUUCAACGGCUCUCACUCGCGAGGAAUCGGCUCACUGGCGAGAUCCCUACCGGAAUCUGGCCCAAUAUGGAGAAUCUAGUCCAGCUCGACAUUUCAUCGAACGGUUUCAAUGGAGGAAUCCCGUCUGACCUUGGAGAGCUGAAAUCGUUAUCUGGGACACUCAAUCUGUCCUACAACCGGUUCUCCGGUGAGAUACCGAUGUCGCUAGGGAAGUUGCCAGUGACUGUCAGCUUCGAUCUCCGCGGCAACAAUCUCAGCGGUGAGAUCCCACAGACUGGCUCGUUCGCGAAUCAGGGGCCCACUGCAUUCGUCGACAAUCCAGGGCUCUGCGGAUUCCCCCUCCAGAAGGCCUGCAAGAAUUUACCAGAAAGCGCGCCGAAGAGUCAGCUUCCGCCGACGGGAUCUGACACACGGGCCAAAAGGGGCCUAAAACCGGGCUUGAUUGUCCUGAUUUCAGCAGCUGAUGCUGCUGGAGUGGCGCUGAUCGGGAUGAUUGUAGUCUAUCUGUACUGGAAGCGGAAAGAUUCGGAUAACUGCAGCUGCACCGGGAAAGGGAAAUUGGGGGGCGGUGAUCGGCUCUGUUCUUGCUGGAGACGAUUAUCGGGGAAUUCGUCGGAAUUGGAAGAAUCAGAGAAGGGUGGUGAAGGCGGCGGGGAAGGGAAUUUGGUGGCGAUCGACAAGGGAUUCACGUUCGAAUUAGAUGAAUUACUGCGGGCAUCGGCGUAUGUGCUCGGGAAGAGCGGGUUGGGGAUCGUCUACAAGGUUGUGUUGGGGAAUGGCAUUCCGGUGGCGGUGAGGAGAUUGGGGGAAGGCGGAGGGCAGAGGUAUAAGGAAUUCGCGGCGGAGAUUCAGGCGAUCGGGCGGGUCAAGCAUCCGAACAUUGUACGGUUGAGAGCUUACUACUGGGCCUCAGAUGAGAAGCUGCUGAUCUGCGAUUUCAUUUCCAAUGGGAAUUUGGGCAAUGCUCUGAAAGGGCGAUCUGGUCAACCGUCACCGAGUCUCACCUGGUCGACUCGGCUCAGAAUCGCUAAGGGAACAGCCCAUGGGCUUGCUUACCUCCACGAUUGCAGCCCACGAAAAUUCGUCCAUGGUGACAUCAAGCCAUCAAACAUCCUCCUCGAUAACGACUUCAAUCCUUACAUCUCUGACUUUGGUCUCAACACCCUUAUAAGCAUUGCCGGCAAUGACACUAGCUCGUCCGGUGGUUUCAUUGGCUCCGCCCUUCCCUACACUAAGCCCACGCUAACCGAGCGGACUCACAAUUACAGGGCCCCUGAGGCCCGCUUACCAGGCAACCGGGCCACUCAGAAGUGGGACGUAUACUCAUUCGGGGUGGUUGUGCUUGAACUAUUGACUGGGAAAUCUCCAGAGAUCUCGUCUCCGACAAUGACGUCGUCAUCGACCUCAUUGUCGGAUGUUUCGGAGCUGGUGAGGUGGGUCAGGAAAGGUUUCGAGGAGGAGAAUCCACUAUCGGAUAUGGUGGACCCAAUGCUGCUUCAAGAGGUCCAUGCCAAGAAAGAGGUGCUUGCGGUAUUCCAUGUUGCACUUGCAUGCACCGAGACGGAUCCGGAGUUGCGGCCGAGGAUGAAAACCGUAUCGGAAAAUCUAGAGAGGAUCGGUGUGUGAGGUUUCACGAUUGCAGUGGAUUGGGGGCAUUGUGAUAUCUAGGCCGUCCGUCUUCCCGGGCAAAUUUUGUAUGAUGAUGAUGAUGGUGAUGAUCACUGUCUUAGCAAUGUCGCAAUUUCAAUUUUUUUGCAACCAUUUUGUGGAAAUUUUAUUUUAUUUUAUUUUUGUUUGGAAAAGCAGGGAAUAUCAUUUAGGUUUCCAUU